AAAAAAUAUAUUAUAAAAUAUUUAAAACAAAAAAAAAAUAUAUAAAAUAUGGAAAACGCGAGAUAAAUUUUAUUAAUUCAAACUGGAAUAACAAUAUCAGACUAUUUUUGAGAUUCGUGGUGCGUGGUGACGUGAAAACAUCUAUGUAGAUAGUUUAGACUUUAGAGUUGCAAAUGGCAUGAAAGUGGCUUCACAAAAAAAUAAAUAAAUAAAAGUCUGAAAAUAAGAUCGCUUAGUGCGUUUUCUUGCCGAUGCCCGAGAUUCAGUUAAGAAAAAAUAUUGCGCACAGAUGCUGGGCUGAGUUUUUCGUUCGUAAAGGCUGUUUUUUUUUUUUAAUAAGGUGUGGGACUUUGAAGUUUUAAUGUUUGUGGAUCGGAAUAUUCGUGUUUGUAAACUUGAAAAAUGCUGAAUAAUAAUAAAAAGAUGAAAUAAAAGAAUGGCUCCCUCAGCAAUUAUUUUGUGAGAAUAAAAAGCAUACCUUAAGAUCAUUGAGUGAUAUGCUAUUUUUUGUUUUGUUAAAAACAAUUAUGAAAACAUAAGUAUUAUUCUGUGAAUCGGAUCAUAUUUUAUUUUGUCUAUGUAUGUAAAUUAAAGAAAAGAUCGCAGUCUUUAGUUCAAAAUUUUAAAAAAUAUUUUACAACCGUUUAUAAAAUCGAAAGCGGAGAUCGGAAUAUUUCAUUAAGUUUCUGCUUCUAAAGACAAAAGUCAAGAACGGGCUAACGCGGAACUCCUUUUACGACCAUCUGGUUGGUAUUCAAGUCGACUAACGACAAACGUGUAUUUUGCCAUGCCUUAAUCUUCUUCUUUAACUUUUCAAGCCGGCUACGUAUGAUUGGAUUCAUUCAUGUGCCUGAUAGAUACAAUUUGUUAUAAAUACCUUUUUCUUGGAUCACUGAUCGGUUGAGGGGUUUUUACGAAACAUAGUUAAAUGUAAACCUAUAGUAUCACAAAUAUUUGUGUAGUUUGAUCAUUUCCACUAUGAAUGACCUUCUGUGAACCUGUUCAGAUUCAUUCAGUAUCGAUUAGUAUCUAUUAGGUAUAUAAUUAGAAAAUGCUUAGAAAUUUCAAUGUGCUAUCCUAAGUUUUAAGUGUAUUAUGUUUGUUUUGUUCGGUGCUAAUUAAGUGCAAAUAUUUUUCAUUGGAAUUAAGUAAAAUUGCGAGUGUAUUUUAAGGUCAUGAAAAAAAUAAAUAAAUUCACAUAUAAGUAAACCAACCUACAUAUACAUAUAUAUAAAAAAAAACAUCGCAGUGAAUAGAAUAAUAAAAAAACAAAGAAAUACCGCUUCUGGAUUAAUAACCUGUUUUUGUCUUGUAUUUUCAUCUUGUUUUAAAAUCAUCUUUCAGAACUGAAAAACUAAUAUGUCAGCGGUGGUGCGAGCCUCUCAUGCAUUUGGUGAUGAAAAUAGUCUGCGAUAUAUGAAGAUACGUAACUGCCACUGCUGUCCUUAUGGCUAUCAUAUUGACUUGGAUUUUGUCCGUUAUUGCGAAUCACUGGCCAAUGCCCAACCCACCGAAGAACAGUUGCAGCGUAGACAUAAACGUCGUUCGAGAAAAUCAAUGGAAUUCAUGCUAGGUCUGGAAAAUCUUUUAGAACACUGGGAACCAGCGAGCAGAGUACAAUCUGUACUGGAGGCAUACGAGCCCGAAUCACCAAGACUGGCUGAUGCUGAAAAUUUCAAUAGCCAAAAUGAGUCUACAGAACAUCAAUAUUCAUAUAAUAGUGACUCUUUGCCAUCAUCUUCAUAUAUCGCUACUGCCACAAAAAUAAAUAAAUCCAUCGGAACUGAAGCAUCAGCCCAUAGUCCACCUGAAGAAGCAUCAGCAUUUUUACACGACGCUUUGGAUGAAGUUGUUAAUGAUUUUGAACGAACUCUAGAACGUACAUCCACCAAGAAGAAACCGAAAAGUAGUUGCCACUCAUGGGAUAAGUUCAGCGACGCCAUCGAUUCAUGUGUUGCUGGUAACAGAUCACGAUCCUCAAAACAAAAAAAUCAUGACAACGAACCUGUACAUUCAAAAGUGCCACCACCACCUCCUCCGCGUCGGUAUAAAGAAAAAGAUCGUGAUGAUUCUUCGACGAGAAACAAACCCCUAUCAGGGGAUACUGUUUCAGAGGCUUUUACUCUAUAUAGCAUACGUCAGCAAAUGGCGAUAAGUCUGAACCGGAUGAAGGACUUGGAAGAACAAGUGAAAAGUAUUCCCGAAUUACAAAAUCAACUUACGCAACUACGCAAUGAAAAAUUGCAACUUCAACAAGAUCUUAAAAAUAACAGAGAUGAACUGUUUAAAAUCAAAGAACAAGCUGCUUCCCCUCCAAUACUCCAAAUAUAUUCCAGUUCAAGUCCAAGACAUUCAUCUCCAGUUACUUUUACUCCACAACGCAUUAGUCCAGUUUCGUUGGAUAGCCUUGGCACUCGACUCAAAAGUAACUCGCCAUCUCCAUGUGAUCAUAUACGAUCUAGUCCUCAAAUACUUAAACGUGAUGUUGGUAGUAUGUGCGUUUCAUAUACACGUGACAUUGGCAUUGGAAGCAAUUCAAUAUUGUGUCGCAGCAUUGGUACAAACACUCUUUUGCAUUCCGGAGAUGUAUUUGAAAAGCUCUACACAAAACAAGAACUUAAUGAACACGUUCAAGCUGGUAUUAAGGAAUACAAAGAAAAGUUGACGAAACACCAACAAAAAGAAAUGAAAUCUGUUGGAACACAAAUAUUUUAUGAUAAUAAGAAAAAUAUGAAAAACACUUCAGUCCAAACCAACAUUGAACCAGCCAUUAAAAAGUUUUCGGUUGGUAUCAUGGCUCGACCAAGUCUUAGAGACGUUAUGAUUUCGUGCAAACCUGAAAUGAAAACAAUUUCUUGUUCCGAUCACCGCACAACUGAUCAGUUAUGCGACAAAUGUGAUAGCCCUAAAAAGUCAGUUGCCAGUGGUACAGAAAUAGAAGAAGAGCAUACACGGCCGCUUUCCUUAAAAUUAAUGGACAUGCCUAGUCGCAGCAAUACUUUUUGCCUUGGUGAAAACGAAAAACUUAACAUAAAAAGAAAAACAAUUGGAAUACAAAGUCAAUGGACAACUCAUUCUAUAGGAAUGCAAACAUCAUUUCCUGUAUCGUCAGUUGGAGUUCAAAAUGUGCCACAGCAGAAAUGUGAAUUUUCUCAGUGCAAUGUGCAGAGUGAAACCCGUCAAACAGAUACCCACGAUCUGAUUCGAUUAAAAUCAUCUCAAAUGAAUACUGAUGAACACCCUCAAUCUAUGAAGCCAAUAACUUGCAAUAACUCCUGUAACACAGAUCGUAUAUAUACAAUUGACCAUGGAGUCAACACGCUCCCUCAAACGAUAACAAAACAUUCCUCAUCUAAUACCGAACAGCUUCACACUCGUGACAUCGGUUGCGGAGACAUUGUUAAGCCACAUAUUUCAAUUGCAUGUGCUGACAACUACUGUGAUUCGUGCAAAGAUGCCAUAAAACAUUUGGCCAAAGACUUUUCGAAAAUUCAGGCAGGUGGAACGUCACUGUCAAGAGACUCAUCAAAGAUUCCAAGGCCAAAACAUUUGUCAAGUCCAAGUCCGGUACGAAAAAAAUUCAUGCGUCAAAAUACUUACACAAUCACUCCACCACCAACACCUCUUCCUGUAGUUGAUAAAAAAAUCAUUUCGAGCUUAUUUGAUGAAAAACCUUCACAUCAUAUCAGCCUGGAUUCAAUAAGCCUUCCUGCAAGUCCAUUAGAUUCAAUCGCGGGAAAUGAAAGCAGCAAAAUGAAACAAAAACACAUGCUUGAGGAAAUUGCCAGUGAAAAUGACAGAAUUCGUGAUCUGUGCCAUGAGGAUGGGAUUGUUGAUAUCAAAGAUGAUCUUAUUGUUAAAGAGGAAACCCGAGUAAGAAUAUCAUGGUCAAGGGAAAACUCGCCUGCUCCAUCCACAUCGACUUCAUCCACUGUCCAAACAGUUGUCGAAAAAUCAACUUUAGGUGACGAUGAAGAAAAGAAACAUUUAGAAGGAGAAGUUUCUAAACCGAUUGAGGAAUGUCCUACUGAGGAUUUUGUUAAAGACAAUGUUCAAAAAAAUAUUGAACCAAAAAAAGUUUCUAGUCAAAGAAGUCAACGUGAAGUACAAACAAUGAUUAUGAACCAAAUUGUAUCACAGGAGACAGCUCCAAGGGAAAAAAUUUUUCCAUCAAAAGAAAUGCAAGCUGCUCUCAAAGUAAUAAACGAUUCCCUUCAGAAAUUCUCCUCAAAAUCCAGUGAUCAUAAGAGCGCUACAGCAGUCGUUCAGACGGAAUGGUUUCAUGUAUCGAGCACUGACAAAGCAAAUCCAUUGGUUGUAGAAGACUACCUAGAUUGUUUUGAGGAAUUUUCUAUUGCUUUGCUGAAGAAUGUUGUGAAUUUGAUGGACACUAAUGGUAACACGGCAAUGCACUAUGCAGUUUCACAUGGCAAUUUUGACGUAGUAUCCAUAUUGCUUGAUUCUAAGGUUUGUAAUGUAAACCAAAUGAAUAACGCAGGAUAUACAUGUGUUAUGCUUGUCUCGCUGGCGAAGUUGCAAAAUUCAGCACAUCGGACAGUCGUUCAACGAUUAUUUCAGAUGGCUGAUGUCAAUAUUCGAGCUAAAAAGCACUGUCAAACUGCCCUUAUGCUUGCUGUUUCCCAUGGAAACUUGGAUAUGGUUGAAAUGUUGUUAGACGCUGGCGCUGAUAUUAAUAUUCAAGACGAGGAUGGCAGUACGGCGCUUAUGUGUGCUGCAGAACAUGGACGAGUAGAUAUUGUCAAGCAUUUGCUAUCGCAAUCAGAUUGUGAUUCCCUGAUUCAAGAUGUGGAUGGAAGCACCGCUUUUAAAAUUGCAUGGCAAGCAGGCCAUAGAGAUAUCGGUCUACUGCUCUACGUUCACGAACAGAUGUUGCGUAGCAAAAUGCCAACCAAACCCGAACAACGAACAUCAUCCCAGUCACCUCGCCACCACAAACGACAUCCUUCACAGUAGUAAAAUUAAGUUAAACUAAUUUAUAAAUUAUUUCGUUCUGCACUAUGCACUAGAAUGAAUAUUCAUAACAUUUUCUGAUCAAAACUAAAAUAUAAUAAAUUUGUAAAAAUAGAAAUAAUUUAUAACAAAAAUGCCAGUAGAGAACUGGCAAUAAUAUAAAGUUGUUAAGUCGAUGAGAACAAAAUUUAAACGAAAAAUUCCGAUAGCAUUUCGAAAUUUAAAACUAAUUUUUUCAAAAAGUCCAAAGAGCAAAUCAAACAAUGGACAUAUCAUUAGGGGUAUUCACGAUCCGAUGCAACUGGUCUUGUAUCAUUGCAAAAGUGCAAAAGUGUAAAAUCUUGCAGCACUACAACAACAAAAUAUAUGGAUUGAAAUUUAACAAUGGUCUUGCACUUUUGCUAUACCCUAACCCUAUUGCAAAAUAAAAAUACAAUGGUGUAAAAUUUUUUUGACAGAUGGCAGCUCGCCGUCGCGUGUCGCCCAUGAUGAACAGUUUAUCUUUUUUAUUCUUAUUCUUUUUUAUUUGGUUUCUUUUGAUGUAAUUUGUGAAAAUAAAUUAACCCGAACACAACAAAGAAUGAAAUUAUAAAAAAAUUGAAAAAAAAGAAGAAGCAUCGGUGGAAAGACAACUCGGUAAAAAAAAGAGUGAAGCUGAUAAAAUUCAUAUCAUGGAUUCCAUUCAAUAUUUACUAUAGAUAAGAAGAGGAGCGUUCACGAUCUAUUGUAAAAAAAUAAAAUUUUACACUUUUACUAGACCUGUUGCACCAGAUCGUGAAUACCCCUAUUAUAUUCUGUGUGUUUUUAUGUUCAAAGCCUGGUAUGCAGCUCAAGCAAAAUUUUAGCUCUCAUACAAAAUUCUCUGUAAAACUUAAGCUUGGCUAUAUUUUGGAGAGAAUUUUGUAUAUGAGCUAUAAUUUAAUGCGAUCUCCGUACUAGGCUUAAUACGAAAAUCGAUUCAUAUUUUACACAUUCCAUAACAUAUAAGCUGUAUACCGACACUCUUACUAACGUCGAAUAGUAGCUCAAUUAUAACUGCUCAUCAUGUCCAUUUCGGAAAAAUUUAAAAAUGUAUCACUUGUUAACAAAAAAAGUUAAGUGUCAAUCAGAAUGAUAAAAUUUUAUCUAAGCACUGUUUCUUUUUUAUAGAGUAUGGCCGGAGUGUGAAUAUACAGCAAAAUUAUUCUACAUUGCUAAACUUAUUUUUUGUAUGACUGUUAUAAAAUAAAUUAAAAAAAAAUUCCUUCCCAAUCAGUUAUUGCAAUAUGAGCUUGUCUUAGUUCAAUGUAUUUUUAGGCCGUGUGUGAAUUGCGUUAAAUAGUUAACCCCGUGUAAAAUUUUUGACACUAUUGAGGUGAAUCAAAAAUUUUCAGCUGUAUGGCUUAUUGUUUAAUAUUUUUCUCUGCCUCUUUUCUGCCAUGAAACUCCUUUUUAAUAUAAGAAAAAAAAAAAAAAAACCAAACAAAACAAAA